GGGACAGAUCGAGAGUUUUGUUGCGGGUGGUCUAAAUUGUUUAUACAAACUAAUCCAGCUGUUGAUGCUCUAAUGUAGCCGGAUUGCUUUACUAUUGUGUUCCAAUGGAUGGAGUGCCUUGUAUAGAGGAUCACCAAAGGGUUACCAUCCUCAUCCGUCAAGUUGGCCCUCGCAAUGCAGCCGUUUUUAACCGAAUCGUCGAUCGUCUAGCUCGACAGCGAUCAAUUCAAGUGAGUGAUAAUCCAAAACGCGUCUUUCAUGCUAAUUUUGUCACCAGCGUCAAUGGGGAACUCGUACGGUUUGGGGAGCUACAGGCUCAUCGACGAGUACUGGGACUUAUUGGCGUUGCGUGCGCUCAGCCUUCAACUUCAGGGCCUCAAUCACGGAAAUCGUCUGUCAAUGUCUUGAAGCCUGCAGCGGAUGAAGUCGGUUUGGCCUCUAAAAUCUCUCUCAGAAGGCGUUCAUCUCUUGCCGGUGGAACGACAAUGGAUGAGGUCAAGAGCAACUAUGAAAAAGUUAAGCGAGAAUACGACAGUACGCUGGUUGAUAGCCGAUGUAUACUUCUGGGAUACGAUGAGCAAGACGUCUCCGCGCAGUUUUCAUCCAGAGAAACGUUUCUUUUCCAUCGACUUGAAGAAUCUGAUGAGCUGGAGACCGGUAUCCGUGAGUUCAUGAGAGCAAUUUAUUUUGUUCUGGAGAGCAAGCGGUUGGAUCAGUCUUUCGAGAAACUGGAGUGUCCACCAUGCCCUAUUUUGCCUGAAGAAGAGAAAUUUCGAAUUGGUUUGGAGAACAAGACAUCUAAAAUAUACAGGCGCAAGUGUAUCGGUCGUGCCCGAAAGCAGAACGCGGAUUAUGCUAUGCUCACAGGGCUACCGCAGCUAGCUCUUGACUCGUAUGCGGCGUCUAUGGAUAUGCUCAGAUCUUGCAAUGACAUGCUUUGGUUUGCUGGCGCUUGUGAAGGUUGGGCAUGUGCUGCCAUGGCCCUCAUUUACGAUAGCCUGGCCUCAAGUGCCGUUAUGUACCGCGUCGCUAGUAUGACGCCUUCACAAAUGAGAGAUAUCGACCAUACGGGACAUCUUUCACUAGGAGCAGCCAUAAGUGCUGCAACUGCAUUUCAGCAUACUUUAGGUGUGUCACUGGGGCAUCAACGACAUCGUUCUGAUGAAAAUGCUAGAGUUAUACCUGUUGCUGAUGAUGGCAGUGAUGGUGAAAAUCGUCGCACACGUUUGCCAUGGGCUGUGCUUCGUGGGGAGAAAUCAAAAGAAAAAAUUGAGCCAUCUGCCAUAAUGGAGAAGUUUGAAUUAGCUUUGGAGAAUUAUUCCAAAUUCUCUUUUGCUGCAAUGAUCGAAUAUGAUUGCAUGAUGAAAGCUGUUUCAUUAUUUCGAUAUCAGCGAAUGUAUGUUGAGAUGGAGAGUUUUCAUCGUGAUCACAUUGGCAAAUAUCUGGAUGAUAGCUUCAAAAGGUUCGAUAACCAUACAAAAGCCGCUAUAUGUGCGAAUUCAACAGUUCUAUACAGGGAGGUUGGUUUUCGUCGCAAAUGUUCGUUCUUUGCUCGGCUUGGUGUUUUGUUCCGUUUGCAAAUUGGUGAAGGAGAACAGAGAACUCCGCAAGAUUACCGAGUGGUCUACCCUGUUUUGUAUAGGACCCUUCCCGGUUAUGGAAUCAAGGAGAACGUGCGCGAAGUGCCUCAAGAUGAUGUGCUCAAAGGGCCCGUACAGUUGCAGAUUAAGGCUUUGCACGAAGUUUACACUGCUGCAUCGCGAGCCGAGCUAUAUGAAGCGGCAAUCAGACAUCUUUGUCACUUGAUUCAGGUGUACUACGAUGAUAUGGACCCACAACUGGCAAAUCGUCUCUUUGACGAUCUGCAAAAUCUUGUACGCAUCAAAGGCAGCCCACCUCAACUUAAUCAGCGCAUUUCGGUUCCGGUUGGUAACAUAAUCCUUCCUUCCAUACAGUUGACAAGAUUUCCUGAGGUCAGUGACCCAAUUUUGUGUCCCUUGCCGCCGCAUUUGGCUCCGAAUGUACUUCUACCGAAGUCUGGACAGCCACAGUUGUUCAUUUACUCGCCUUUUCAACAAAAGAAAUUAUCAACAGAAAUAUUCUGGGUGGUGGACUGCGCUUGUGAAGUAUCUAUCCUUGUUUAUAAUUGCCGACCGUAUGAACUUGUCGUUAGGGAACUGUGUUUGCUUGCUGAUGGUUGUGUCUUUGAAUCAGUACCGGUACGGCUGAUCUUGCCAGCUGCAAAUGAAGGUGCUGCACCAGCUAGGAUCAAGCUUAUUGGUGUACCGAGGACGCCUGGCCUUCUUACCAUAACGGGUUAUUGCUGUGAGGUGUUUGGUGUGAAAAAUGUUUGCAAACUUUAUGGCCCAAAAGGACCUCUAAAGGUCGAAGUGCUUCCAUCUCUUGCUGUCUUACAACUGGUGUCGUCAUUGCCAAGAGCACCUAUCGAAGAGGAUCAAAAUGAUCAUAAUGCUGAAAUCACCGUGUAUUCUGGGCAAUUAUUCGAGCAUUCUCUAAGCGUCAAAAAUACUAGCGCAAACAUUGGAAUCCGAAAAGUGCGAUUGCAAGUGUGGCAGCCUAAGGUAUCUGGCGGUCCUUCAAUGAUCGAGCUAGUGAAUGAGAAUGGAGAUAUGGAAUUUUCAUUAGCUCCAAAUGAAGAAAAAGAGAUUAAAUUCCGAAUAUUUGGCAUCGACCCAACAGCCACAGCUGAUGACGAUGGUUCAGUUGAUGAGAAGAUAGUAGAGACUGCGCUGCCCUUGGCUUCGACUCCGGCUGAGACAGAUAACAACAGUGAAGCUCACGACCUGAUCCCAUAUACGGGCAGAUUACUGACGUGCCAGUUUCUGUUUCAGUACGUUGCUGAUGUCGAUGGUCUGGAAGGAGAGUCAUACGAAAGAAGUGCCCGUUUAUCCAUUGCGGUUUGUGUUGUACCAGCUGUUACGGUAUCGGCUUGGCAUGUGCUACCAGGCGAUGGUCCAUUCACUAGAUAUAUCGUGGUCGAUGUUACAAACAGUACCGACAAUGAUGCUGAGCUAGUAUACAGUUCCAAUCGGCGAAUGAAUGUGUUACCGAAGGAGACGUGCAGAGUCCCGCUUUUAUCUCCGUGUUGUUCUGAUGUUGCUGGGAGAGCAUUCCAUGCUGCAACGCAAAAAGAUAGCCAUAUGAUGCAGAAGCUUGAGGUUGAAAAAUUACGUGCCACACUUGAACUUCACGUCGCCAAGCAUCUAGACAUUCGAUGGGCUAUACCAGCUAUGAAUCUCGAGGGUUUGGUCCCGGUCGGUGCAUUGCUUUCUUCUGUUUCACUGCUCAAGCAACUUGUACUACCAGCAAUAUCACUAGACAUCUCUGUUAACGGAACGCCUUAUCUGAGCGAAGAUGACAUUUCGGUGGGAAUAGGGGAAAUGGUGCUCAUAAAAGUCGCUGUCAUAUCGUCUUUGGAAUAUGAUUUCGACGGCAUUCUGACGUUGGAGUGUUACCAAGAAAUAUCGAGCUUUUUUGGAACAGUGGAUAAGGCCGAAAACCUCUUGAUAAUAGGACAACGGAAGGUCCCAUUUGUGGUGCCAAAAAGUCCUCCAAAUGUUUCGAUGUCUACGCCGCAAUGUGAGGUUUCAUUCCAUGUCAUGUUCCGCGUUGAGGGAGUGCAUAAAGUCCGGCCACAGAUUGUGAGCAGACAAGCUAACGAGUCGCUUUUCGCUGAUGAGGUGUUUGUUUCACCGGUUGGUUUCAGUGUGUCUACUAAGGCACAUCAAUAAAUUAUAUAUCUGCCAUUUUUGGCAUGGUUUGAAGUAAUUAACCCAGGUAUAGGUUUCAGUAGUUUAUUCUAUAACAUUUCGUAGCGAAAUUCUG